UCUCUGGUUGUGCCCUGUGGAGGGAAGCUGUGCUGAUGUGAAAGAGAGAGAGAGAUGUCCUCACUUCUCCCUGCAGUGGCUGAACAACUGUUCCGGGACAUCCAGAGGACAUACCGGGACACGUCUCACAUUCCAGAUGACCUGCUUAUCGCGCUGAAGUUUGUCUUUGGUCCCUGUGCGUUACAGGCGUUGGACCUGGUUGACCAACGUUCAGUCACCUGUCUGUCUUCUCCCAGUGGACGUAAGGCCUUCCAGGUAAUCGGAGCCUCGGGGCGUUUAUACACUUGCUUUGUUUCCUGUCACUUCUGCCCGUGUCCGGCCUUCGCCUACACUGUGCUCCGCAGAAACGAAGGUCUGCUGUGCAAACACAUCCUGGCUGCCUACCUCUGUCAGGCCAUGGGUGUGACUCAGCAGGAGAGUGUGUCUGAUCAGCAGAUGUCGAUGCUGCUCAGCGGGACCGCAGCCCCCUGACACGCAGGUGCGUUGACCACCAAGUUCAGCAGCAGGAGCAGCACAUCUGGCUCCAAAGGGAAAGCAUGGAGCCUCCUGAAUGAGGGCCCACGUUUCACACUCACAUUUUGUGCCACUGCAGAGAAGCACUCUCAAAGUAUGGCCACACUGCUGCUCUGCUGCUCGACAGAAGUCUCUGUUUGGGGUACCAGUUGCUUUAUUUAUUUUAUUUAGUUGAAAGAAACCUCAAUCUGUGUCAAGGAAACAUCUGUUCAUUGUGUGUGUGUUCUUGAUGUUGUGAAGUUAUUUCUUGUCCCAUUAUUUAAGGAAGUAUUGUUCAUGUGCAUGCUGACGUUACCUCAGACCCAUUCUUUUAAACCUUAAUAUAUUUUAUAUGGAAGUGAAAACACAAUCUAUUAUUUCUACCACCCAAACAUCAAACUCUCAGUCCGAAUUCUAUUCUAUCUACUUCACUCUUUCAUCAGUGUUUCUAUGUGACCUUUCCCAUUUUAGGUUAUUGUUUGUCACAUUAUUAAAAGAAGUAUUGUGCAUCUGCAUGCUGAAGUUAUCUCAGAAGCAUUUGUGUCCUUUGCUCUAUUUUGUGAACAUG